AUGGCCAAACCCAUUCAUGGGAACAAUGUUGUUCCCCGGAAAACCGAGGAAAAGUACAAAAGGAUGACUAGUCAGGCUCCUGUCACUACCACAGACAAGAAGCUGAGAGGCAGUCUCAAAAGGCUCAACGAACAGCACGAUGAUGCAGUGAGAUCUGCUGCCGGAACAGAUAUCUUGUUACAAGAGGAGGUUGGUUUCCUUGAAGCUGAAGGAAUGGAGAAGACAUACAAGUUCAAGCAAGACGAUAUUAAAGGGGCAGUUGAUGUUAGCACAGCAACGAAAGGCUUGGAUUUAAGAUUACCAGAACUAGGCCCAUACACACUCGAUUACUCGCGCAAUGGAAGAGAGUUGCUGAUAGGAGGCACAAAAGGACACGUUGCAUCUAUGGACUGGAGGACUGGAGUUUUGGACUGUGAAUUGCAUCUUGGAGAGACGGUUCGCGCUGUAAAGUAUCUGCACAAUGACCAGUACUUUGCAGUGGCCCAGAAAAAGUACACUUUUAUCUACGACAAAACUGGAGCAGAACUGCACAGACUGAAGCAGCAUAUUGAAGCGACAAACUUAGAUUUUUUGCCAUACCACUUCUUGCUGGUUUCGUCUGGAGCCACAGGGUUCUUGAAGUACCAUGAUGUAUCCACAGGAACGUUGGUUUCUGAACUACGAACGAAACUAGGUCCCACCCAGUGUAUGGCGCAGAAUCCGUGGAAUGCAGUGAUGCAUCUCGGUCAUGGAAACGGUCAGGUAACUCUGUGGGCUCCAAAUAUGUCUUCUUCCCUGGUGAAGAUACAGGCAUGCAAGGGUCCAAUCAGAUCUGUUGCUGUUAACAGAGACGGACGCUACAUGGUUGUGGCAGGUGCAGACAAGACAGUAAAGGUUUGGGAUGUGAGAACAUUCAGAGAAGUCGAAUCAUACUACACACUCACGCCUGCUUCUUCAGUUGAUAUAUCGGAUACAGGACUGGUUUCAGUCGGUUGGAGCUCGCAUGUCACUGUGUGGAAGGACCUAUUGAAGACGAGGCAAAAAUCGCCAUAUAUGAACGAACUGUUACCAUCUUGUCCAGUGGAAACUACUCAGUUUGUCCCAUUUGAAGAUAUACUCGGUGUUGGCCACAGAAACGGUGUCACCAAUCUGAUUAUACCUGGUGCUGGUGAGGCCAAUUACGAUGCCUUGGAGGUAAACCCAUUCGAGACUGCCAAACAGAGACAGCAGUCGGAAGUGCGCUCAUUGAUCAACAAGCUGUCGCCUGACAUGAUUUCUUUGGACCCAGAUUUCAUUGGAACAGUCGAUAAAAGGGCCAACCAACAGAGACUGACUCCAGCACAACUAUCACAGAUCACACUAUCGAAAAAGGAGAAGGAGGCAGCAGAAGCAAAGGAAGAGGUUAGGCCUGAUGUCAAAAGUAAAAACUCGGCUCUGCGAAGACACAAGCGUAAGAUGAGACAGAACGUUAUCCAUGAACGUUCUACUCGUGUUGAUGCCGCUCUCAAAAAGGAGAAGGAACUAAGAAAGAAGAAGUUGGAUAGGGCCAGAGGUGUUCCAGAAGAAAAGGAUCUUCUUGGACCUGCGCUCUCAAGGUUUGUCUAA